AUCGCGCUAAAGCUUCUCUCCCUUUCUAUUUCAUUUCCUUUUCCUCUCCCUCUGCUUUUCUUCGAGCGAAUCGAAUUCCCGGAUCAAUUCCACGCCCUCUCUCUCUCUCCGUCGCUCGCUCUCAUUCUCCACCGUCGAUUCGUCAGCCAUGUCGACGGCGGAGAUGGAGCAGCUGACCUCCGGAGCCAGCAACCGCAUCAUCCCGCUCCUCAAAACCCUAAGGACGGUUCUUCUCUUCGUCCACACCUUCUUUCUCUCCCUGCUCCUCUUCAUCCUCCCCCGUCGUCGCCGCCGCGUAAUAUCGGAAUCGCUCCUCGACGCUCCGUCGUCGAAGAAGCGGAAGUCGGCGUGGAAGAGAGAGGAGGAGGACACGCUCAGGCGGAGAGCGUUGGCCGAGUGCUAUGGCACCGGAGACGAGCACUGCCCCUACCGUUCGGCGACCUUCUUGUUCUUCGGCGGUAGAAACAACACCCUCUUCUGCCGGUCGUGGGUUCCGGUCUCCGGUACACCAAGGGGCAUUUUGAUCAUCAUACAUGGGCUUAAUGAGCAUAGUGGAAGAUAUGCUGAUUUUGCAAGGCAACUAACCUCCUGCAACUUUGGGGUAUAUGCAAUGGACUGGAUAGGUCAUGGUGGCAGCGAUGGAUUGCAUGGAUACGUCCCUGCAUUAGACUAUGUUGUUGCUGAUACUGUAGCUUUCUUGGAAAAGAUUAGGUUAGAGAACCCUGGAGUACCAUGCUUCCUCUUUGGUCACUCAACGGGAGGAGCUGUUGUUUUGAAGGCGGCAUAUUCCCCUAAAAUUGAAGGAAUGGUAGAGGGCAUUGUGCUGACAUCACCAGCUUUGCGUGUUAAGCCAGCACAUCCAAUUGUUGGGGCUGUGGCUCCAAUUGUGUCUUUGGUUGCUCCCAAGUUCCAGUUUAAAGGUGCAAACAAGAGGGGUAUUCCAGUCUCAAGGGAUCCUGCAGCAUUGGUGGCCAAGUAUUCUGAUCCCCUGGUCUAUACUGGGCCGAUAAGGGUCCGAACAGGCUAUGAGAUAUUGCGAAUCUCCACUCAUUUGACACGGAACUUUAAGUUUGUGAGCGUCCCCUUCUUUGUUCUGCAUGGAACUGCUGAUAGAGUCACUGAUCCACUAGCCUCCCAAGAUCUCUAUAAUGAGGCAUCAUCAGAGUUCAAAGAUAUAAAGCUCUAUGAUGGUUUCUUACACGACCUUCUCUUCGAGCCGGAACGUGAAGAGAUUGCACAGGAUAUAAUAAAUUGGAUGGAGAAGAGAUUGCACAGGAUAUAAUAAAUUGGAUGGAGAAGAGAUUGAGGGUUGCCGUGGAACAUGUUAACGUCACAUAAUUCUUCACCCACCCCCAUUCCAUCAGAAGCAGUUAGGCCAUAUAUUACAUUUAGAUUUCGAAAGUUAUUUACUUGUUUGUGGUUUGCUUGUCAUCGUCAAAAUCUGUAUUUAAUAGACGAAUUCAAUUUACACGGUGGCUUGUGAUCAUUCUCAUUCUCGUUAUAUAUUAUAGAUCAAUGUUCAUCUUGGCGGAAA